CUUGCCUUUCCUUUCCUUUUCUUUUUUAUUUCUUCAAUACGCAGAAAAAACAACAACCCCUCCAUUCACCAUUCACUACGCUUCAUGACAAUAAAUUGUUGAUUUGAUAUGCGCACAGCAGACUCUACAUCCCUGCCCGGGCUGCUUCGCCGCAGACAGGCAGCAUCCGGGCCAACGACAACGACAGCAACGACAACAACAACACCUCCACAUACAGACCUAAUUCACUCGUGUAUAUACCCGAACCGUACAAUUUACAACGUCGAAACCCCCGACUGCCACUUCAAACGCUUUACUCCUGACGGAAAGUACUUAAUUGGAUUUAAUCGCACUCUCAGCGGCCUGCAGAUCUUCCGCGUUCUGAAUGCCAGCGCAUCGACCGCGCAGCUCGUUGAGGCUGGCUGUGUGCCGCAAAAAUCCGAGUUUUGGCACUUUUUUAAGCUCGCAUGGUCGCAAUCGUACACCAACUUUGGUGAGUCGCUGCACCGCGACCUGUGCCUUGUCACGUCCAACAUGCGCCAUAUAAUUGCCGUGAAGUUGCGUCGCUCCGACCCAAACGCAAACGCGAACGUAAAUAUGGACAUUCCUACGUCAUCAGCAACAGCGGGUCUCUCAGGACUGCAGCGGCAACAGCUGCAGAGGCCGAAUGUAUUGGGCUGCAUAAAGGCCAUGGAGGAUAUCACCAUUAUGAUUAUUGACAUUCGCACUGGCCAGCUGGUCGACACUCGCGAAUAUCCGGGCGACAUUAUCUAUUUGAGCGGUCACAACGGCAUCAGCAUCUACGAGGAUCGGCUGUGCUUUCUGUCGCUCAAGCACCAGUGCUUGAGAAUCCUGCGCGUCAAGCCCGACGGCCACCUUGUUGACCUCCAGGAGAUUGGCUGGUACACUCGCGAGGACGACUCUAUAUGUGAGGACACGUUGCGGAUACGCGAAGAGCGUGUGCUGGCUGACCGCGCCUUGGCUAUUAAGCGCAAGUCCGAAUGCAUGGCCUUGGAGACUUUUGGUGGUUGUAUCGACGACACUGACCUGCCCAUUUCUGUUAAGCGACGCAAGGUCAUCAGCGCCCAGAAUGCUCGCGCAGCGAUGGAGCAAGCCUCCCGGCUUGUUCGCUCAAACAGCGACAAUAUAUCAUUUUUUGGUAUGUUGCCAUCGCAGCCUCCGCUGCCGCCGCCGCUAUUGCUAUCAGAAUCAGUCAACUCGCAGAAUACUGACACGAUGUACCCUAAUGUGCCAUCGUCGAGCACUAUGCACCGCCCGCGGACCAGCAACAUACAGCUCACGACCAGCACUGGGGAGCCGCUGCCGUUUAUCUUCCCCUUUUCGGCGCAGGCCCAGAUGCUGCAGACCCGAGAGCGCGAGCCUGAGAUCAGGAGAGCCAACAUGGCUGCCAAUGUGUCUUUUGCCGAAGCAUCAUUCAUCACUGCAGCGCGCCUGACUGGGCUCAUUGGCCCUGACGUUGCCAUUGGCCCGCUGGUGGAGGCGAUGAACCCAAACCUGCCUGCCAAUGCUGACCGCUCUGCGCUUAUGCCCAUGCAGGCAAUCCAGCACCUGGCACCGCACUACCGCAUGCUGUUUUCGCGCGCAAUGCAGCAUCCGGCCGCGCGUCUCGACAAUUUAGCCGACAGCGACAUUCCGAUUAUCGAACCCUCACUCACAUCCGCACCGCACAGCGGGCUUAAGCAGCGGCUGCUUGGCGCCCUGUUUAUGCAGGCGAAACGGGCCAAUGACAGCGGGCUGGCUCUGCAGUAUUUCUACCGUACAUACCGCCAGUACGAGGGCUUGGUCUUGUGGCGCGCGCAGUUUGUUUCGUGCUCACGUCUACUUUUGCGCUUUGUUCCCUUGCAGGUGGCCACGUCGCGCUCGCAUGCGCCGCGCUCGUCGGCCGUCAGCAGCAGCACAAUGGCUAAUUCGUUCUCGCUACUGGGGGAGUACGACAUGAUAGAGGCACGAUUCCUACGCAUCUGGGACACGUCAGAUAACGAGCUAUAUGAGGAGAUUGAGAAGCGGCUGGACAUAUAUCGUGCGCCAAUGUCGGCGAGCAGGGGACUGGGUGGCAGCUCUAGCGGACAGGCGCCAUCGAUAUCCAACGACUUGUAUCUCCGUGAUGCAUUCGAGACCAGCCAAGCGGCGAUACGCACGGCCAGAGCCGGAGGGCCUGUGCAGGCCUCCCGGAAGGCAUCCAUGCUGCUCCCGUUUGCGCCCCAGUGCAUGCAGGAAUCGCCCUUGUUGGAUCCGUCGCGUUUUAAGUGCAAUUUGCGCGUGCGUCAGACGCUUGAGAAAUUGCGGCCGGCCAGUCUAUCGCCCAUUCGUUUUUAUGAUCGGGUCACUGGCGCGCUGAAGUUUGUGCUCUCGCCGACUCCCUACAUCUACACGCUGCCGUCCUCUACUAUGACACCUGCAGCAGUGGCACAGGGCCCAGAUGACCCUGCCGCGCUGCGACCAUUACAGUACAGCGUGGCUGACGGAAUGGAUGUGAUGGUAGAGACGCUGUCGCCGCCGCCGCCUCCUCCUCCGCCGCCACCAUCAGGCGUGAUGAGGAGCGGCGCUAUUUUGCUGCCCACUGGUGGUAGUGGAGAUCCUAGAUUUGUUUUAGAUUCUGCUGCUGCUGGCGCCGGCACUGCUGCCCCAGCAAUGUCACCGCCGCCGUCACAGAAUGUCUCUGCAAGUGGGCACAAAGCCGGUGUCGUGUAUUUGUUCCACCCAGCACUGCCUCUGGUUCUAUCGACCCGCAACGACACGGGUGCAACAGCGUAUCCUAUGUCUAACAUUCAUUUCUGGCAGGGAGAUUAGCCCAGAUGGGUUAGAUUUGCGUUUAAAUUUUUGG